CUCACACGCAGAAGCCUCACGCCCAGCACCAUGAAGGUGAGGAGAGGGAGGAUGGCAGCUUGCAACGCUGUUCCCGCCAGCCCUGUGCAAUCAUCAGCCUCACGUGCCAGGCCCGCGGACCUAGGGCGGUGCAGGGCGGGGAGCAACCCCCGUGCCAGGUCUGCAGCGUCUCCAGUGCGGCUGGGCACGGGCUGCCGCUGCCGCUGAGCGGGCUUGGCUGGGGGUGCCCGGCAGGGACCAUGGCUCUGAGGAAGGCAGCGCGACCGCGCUCUGCAUCAGGAAAACUAGAAACAUUCCCCCGCGGCAGCAUUCUGAAUGAGCUAAGAGAGUCAACGGCCAAAACCGAGGCUUCAUUUCAACGUGCCCAGACUUCGAUAGGAGGCUCCAGAUUGCAAGCUGUCUCUCCAGUUUCCCUCAGGAGCUUUUCGGAAGAAGCACGAGAAGAAAGCUCUUGGCUUCCAGAAUGGCUGGUGAAAGAGUUACUGAAAGGGCAGCAGAGGAGUCACUCAAUAGGACUCCUGGAGAAUAUAUUGGAGCAUGAAGGUUUUCGGCGACACAUUGACUCUGCCAAGAGUCUGAGGAAAGGAAAGAUUGAACAACAAGUGACCCUCGAACAACUUCAGAAACUAAAUACAGCUUUUCAGGGGUUAGAAAAGAAUGGAUGUAAAUCACUGGAUAUCGAGAAAUUCAAGCAGGUAAUGAAGAAGUGUAUGGCACCACAUAAAACAAGUGAUGGACAAAUACAAAAACUUUUCAUGAAAAUAGACUGUGCUGCAACUGGAAGAAUUCAGUGGGACGAGUUCUGCACAUACAUGCAGCUAGAAUAUGCAGAACAAGAUAUGUCAUCUGCCCGAUUAAAGGAGCUGACAUUCUCGCUUCCUGCUGUGAUAGAAGAACGCUCUCAUGGAGAGCCUGUCCUACGCAUUUGUUCUCUGUUUGACAACACCUUAGUAAUGACCCAAGAAGAUGGAGUUAUUUCCUUCUGGUCUCCACAACUAAAGCUGAAACGAAGCAAGAUGGUUUUUGAAAAACCUGUCAACAAAAAAUCUAAGUGGGCGACAGAUUUCACUGUCAUGACACAUUACAACAAACUCAUCCUGGGAACUGGGGAUCGUGAAAUCCAGUUGUAUGAGAUGUCCAACUUCGAACCAUACUGCCAGAUCAGUGGUUUGGAAGUGAUCCCUUUAAAACUGGACUACUGUUGCACGGAUCCUGACGAGUGCAUGAUUCUGUAUGGUGAUGACCAGGGAUGUGUGAAUAUCUUGCUUUUGUCUUCUGUGGGGGAACUCCUACGAACAUGGAAGAAACUGCCAAAAGCUGAAAACCUGCCUAGUAUUGGCAUUGAGAAUGCUGUUCUUUCUCCAAAUGUGACUUACAUUCGUUGGAAAGUGCAUGGGGACUGGGUUACACAGCUGCACUACUAUGAUUCCAUUAAAGCAGUGAUUUCUACCUCCAACCAUGAACCUACAGCUUUAGUAAUAGGGUGUACUGUUGGCGCUACUAAUGUUGAGCAGCAGAUGAAAAAAAUAAAGGACUGUGGGAAAGAUUCAAAAGCAAGAAAAGGGCCGGUGAUACCUAGAAUCCCUCCAAAGAGAGCUGAGGGAGAUCAGACUGUGUUUCAGGUCUACAAAGGAGUAAAAACAUUUGCAUUCUGUAAAAAAACAACCUCCUAG